ACCUAGGCCAACUUUCCAGGACGAUGAACGAGAUCAGGUGCGACGCAGACGGCAACGCCUCUUUCGGUUUAGCUGGGAGAGGCUUAUAGGCCCUACGUCAUGCACGAUAUGGAGGACUCCGGCGCGACUCCACUGGAGCCACUCAAAUAACCAGCUUUCAACAAUACUCAUGUGAGCCCACACCGACAAUGCGCCGCUACAUGCAUGAUCAUUUUGCCAUUGCCAGUCUGCGAGGACCCGACCUGACAUCGUGCAUCGCGAAACGCCGUCGAUAACAUCUCAUCCAUCGUCGGACGGAUCCAACACGAAACCGGGAUAGCUACGCUUGCCAAUAGUGGAGCUACCACAGCCAUCGCGUGAGCGCGCAUACCAUUGCGACCACGACUCUGAACCACGAUAUGGCGCAACAAUUUCUUGCCGACCGCAAUGGCUGGCUGUCGUUUAGGAGCAGCACGCCUGUGCUGUACAUCACCGCCGAAGACACCGAGUUCGACAUCGAGACGAUGAAGGCAUGGCGCGACGAAGGCUUCAUUGUGGAAUACAUACCCUUCGGAAAAGGCGGGAAGCAAUAUGUGCAAACGCUUCAUAAACUAGGCGACAAGAUGGGCAUUGGGGAACGGUACGCCAUCGUAGCCUUCGGUGACGCUGCAGCCGUGUGUCUAGACGUUUUCUCGGAACCCAAAACAGCCACCUCGAAACUCUGCUCCCUCAUCGCUUACUACCCAACAUCCAUCCCCGAUACGCGACAUCGCUUUACAUCCUCUUUUCGCGUGCUCGUGCAUCUUGCUGAGGGAACAUCCGGCAACGACAAUACCGUAGGCGUUACGCGUCGCCCAGAAGUCCUGGGUAUACAGGGCAAGCGGAAAACGGUACAGAAGCGUGUUACACCUGGCAUAGGCGCAGGAGGCUUACAGGACAAAAUCUUGUAUCCUUGCUUUACAUACGAAGGUGUGGAUGCAGGGUUUGCAGAGCAUGACCUGGAUGAGUACGAUGCCGUCGCUGAUGCGCUCGCCUGGAGUAGAAGUUUGAGUACAGUUCGUCGGGGUUUCAGUGCCGAAGUGGAUUUGGAGCGGGUACUGGAGGAGAACGAAGAACAAAAGUACCGUCCCAAAUCCCUCGAUAAACUCCUAGAAACCUACACUAAAAAGCCUACGCCUUACAUAAACUUCACACCAACCAUGACUGGUGGAAGCGGACUUCCGGACUUGAAGCGCUUUUACCGUGACUACUUCCUCAAAACCUCUCCACCAUCGAUGCACAUGCGGCUCAUCUCGCGCACAGUCGGCGUCGACCAAAUCGUAGACGAACUCUACAUACAAUUCAAGCAUACCUGCCAAAUGCCGUGGAUCCUUCCUGGCGUUGAGCCCACGAACCAGAAAGUUGAGAUAGUGGUGGUGAGCAUUGUAGGCUUCAGAGCGGGCAAGAUAUGGUCCGAGAGGGUGUACUGGGACCAAGCUUCUGUACUGUUCCAGGUCGGUCUUCUUGACCCCGAAGAGGUGCCAAAAGAUUUCAAGAAGACAGAUGACGAAGAUGGUGGACUGGAGAUGCUACCUGUUAGUGGAAGUGAGGCUGCCAGGAAAGUCAUGGAUGUGGAGAGUGAAGAGUUUAAUGAUAUGAUUGACGAUUGGUAGGAAGCAAUGACGGAUAGUUUAGGCUUUUUUUUUGAGAGUUUGCGUAGAGGUAUCGAAGCGAUGGUGUUAAUUACGCUGUACACAGUGAAUACAGGCUUUUAGGGAACAUACUGUCACCACGAUAUGAUACAGCGUUACUCAACUGCGUCAUACCCGCGUUUUGGUACCAGCAUGUCGAUUAGACCAAUGGCGUUGAGGUAUUGUGACAGCGGACAGGAUUUAGAAGAAAAUGUUCUCUCGAAAAAAAGAAACGCUUCAUUUAUAAGUCUCUAGAACGCUAAUAUCCGAUUGUACUUAAGGAAACUCUGGGCGAACGAACAC